AGAGGAUCUCUGCUUUUCUGAAGUUUUCAUGGGCCUCGACAUCCUUGAGAUCGAUACCAGCACGCCGCACCCGGGUGUCACCAUCGACGGCAGCGUCGCCCAGCGAGAAACCAACGGCGGUUGGGUGACGCUGCGCUCCAAGGUGCCGCUGACUGCCGCAAACCACCAGUGGGCGGUCCGCAUUUUAGAUCAGGGCGAGGGCGCCGAUGGAUCCGGGUUCAUGGUGGGUCUUCUUCCUCAGUUGAGCACCACCCUUGCCAACGCGACCGGCAGCAAGUACAUUUCUGAGUUGGGCGGGUGGUGCUUCUCGCGUGCCGGCGACACCUACGGCACGUGGAAGUGCGACCGCUUCCCCUACUCUACCGGCUGCGUCGUCGAGUUCGAUUGGGAUGCGUCCACCAACACGCUAUACAUGGUCAGCGGGAACAAGAAAGGCACCGGCCACAUCCCCGCGUUGAAGGAGAACGAUAUGAUAUACCCGGCUGUCUCCAUGUACUACUUAAACCAAAAAGUGGCCUUCGUUUGA